AUGGAUACCGAUACUCGUGAGUACACGUCACCUAAACUAGAAUUUUACAUGAGGGGUGAGAAAACGUCCUACACACCAUUUUACAUUACCACUACGAUUGGGUGCCUCCAAUUUGUCAAAAUGGAUGAAUCAUCAUCAAAUAAGAGCAAAUACAGCGUCGCCAUUCUUUGCGGGCGGCCUCUUUUUGCUGCCAUGUCCGAACAAGAACUGAAAGCUGGCAAGUCAAUCAUAGUUCAAAAUAUUGUUCAAGAUGCUUCACCAAGCACAUUCAAAAAUACAGCAACAACCUGGCUCAGUGUGUUGGGCACACGAGUGCAGAUAGGACAAACGGCAUUUGCUGCAGCUUCUGGUCUUGUGAGCCGUUCUUACACCAACCUUGUUUUGGUUAGCCCUGCUACAGUCGACGGCAAUGACAAGCAAAGUGCCAAAAUUUGUUUCCCACCAGAUCCUGUUUGUGCGUGGUUGGCAAUGUGUCUCAUGGAUGAUAGUUGGUCCAUGGCUCUUUCAAAAGACAUGACUCUGAAUGGACGACCAAAAGGAGACUUUGGGGAAGUCAUGGUGGCUUUGUAUUUUUUGUUCUUUGCAGAUAUUGUCCGAGGUAGUUUGAAGGACAAUAAGGACUACAAUACUUUCUCAGUACCACUAAAUGAUUGGAUCAAUUGUCUAAUCAAUGGAGGUCGUAGUGGUGAUGAUGGUGACGACGGUGACGACAUGAUGAAUCAAAAUAACGAUUGCCAGGUCCAUUUCAGUGCAAUCCAAGUCUGUUGUAAUUAUGCCCGUGCAUAUGAUGAUUUGUCGUCUUUACUUCAGAAUGAAGUGUUCUUGGAUAACAUGUACAAAACGGGUGUGGGAUUAUAUGUGUUUGCAGGUUGCAGUGUCAUUGAUGUUGUAUUUGCAUUGCAAAUAUCAGUGGCAGCACCAACAAAAGGCGACGUCACCACCACUCGCUCAUCCUCAUCAAAAAAGUACCAAUAUGUUCCGAUGUUUGUGUCCAUCAAGUUGCAAUCCAGUUUCUGUCCAAAAUCUUCAAGCAUCGAAUGUGACAAGAUGAAAGCAAAAUUCAAAGCGGUGGAAGGUGGUAGCGAGCUUGGUGCCCUUUGCCUCUUGGUAGUGUUUGGUUCAUCUGUCAAGUCAAAAGAUGGAGACUAUACUUUGAAACCAGAUUGCGUCAAGAAUCUUGAAGAGGGAAUGGCAGUAUCCAAAGUGCUGCGGAUACCAACCAAUGACAUAUUUGAAUUGACAGAGGCAUUCUGGGAGUUGACAGGAGUUCACGAUGAAAUGUCAGAAGUUCUUGCUUCUCACAGCUUUUUGGGUGCCCAUCAAGAAGCUGAUAGUGAGACCACCACGAAUAACUUUACAGAGCAAGUCUUGCGACUCUGCCCAAAAUUGAAGACAAAAAAAGCAGCAGAAAUGCAAGGCAUUGUAAGGGCAACAGAUGAAGUGACUGGCUAUUUGGAAAAGUUGCUUGCAGGUCUAGAUGACAUUGUUAGAGGACAACCAUCAGAUGGAGAGAAAGAGAAGCAAACGAAACAAAAGGCAACUGAAGCAAAGACAACCAAAAUACAAAAGCCUUGCAUCUAUUAUUGA